GGAUCACCUUUCUCCCGCCAUCUUGGAUUAUCACGCAGCCCACAUGGGGAAGUGGAGUGACCGGUCUCAAGAGAAAUUGCAUCUAUGAUCUAUGAGUUGUUAGAAGAGUCUUAAAAACUACGUUGGAAAAGUGACCAAGCGAACCAUGGAUCUUGUCAACAUUCUCGAAAAGACUGUCUCGUCAGAUCAACAAGAACUUGAAGCAGCACAGAGGUUUCUUGAGCAAGCAUCGCAAACCAAUUUGCCGGAUCUAUUGCAAUCCUUGUCAGAUGUCCUAAAAAAUGGUGGAAACAGUGCAGUGGUUCGAAUGCAGGCAGGUCUUCAGUUGAAGAAUGCCCUGUACUCCAAAGAUCAAAACAUUCGAGUUGAAUACCAGCAGAGAUGGCUUCAGUUUCCCGAGGAAAGGAGAAGUUUAAUUAAACAAAAUGUACUUGCCUCUUUGGGUACGGAGAGUAUCCGUCCAAGCUCUGCGGCCCAGUGUGUGGCCUAUAUUGCCUGUGCUGAGCUGCCCACUGGAUUGUGGCCUGAUCUCAUCACAGUCCUCACCAGCAAUGUGACAAGUCCAGGAAGCACCGAAAUCAUGAAGGAAUCUGCUCUCGAGGCCAUUGGCUACAUCUGUCAGGAUAUUGAUCCCGACAUUCUGCAGACUCAGUCUAACAUCAUUCUGACAGCUAUCGUGCAUGGUAUGAAGAAAGAAGAACCAAGCAACUAUGUGAGAUUGGCAGCAACCAAUGCACUGCUGAACUCUCUGGAGUUUACUAAAGCAAAUUUUGAUAAAGAGUCUGAAAGACACUUCAUCAUGCAGGUUGUUUGUGAAGCUACCCAAUCAACAGAUACUAGGGUAAAAGUUGCGGCAAUGCAGUGUCUGGUGAAAAUCAUGUCAUUGUACUACAACUACAUGGAGCACUACAUGGGACCUGCCUUGUUUGCUAUCACAAUGGAGGCCAUGAAGAGUGAAGUGGAUGAGAUAGCACUCCAGGGUAUAGAGUUCUGGUCAACUGUCUGCGAUGAGGAAGUUGACUUGUCAAUAGAGCUGUCUGAGGCGGCAGAACAGGGACGGCCCCCAGAAAGAACGAGCAAGUUCUAUGCUAAAGGUGCUCUACAGUAUCUUGCUCCUAUCCUGCUUCAGUCCCUUACCAAGCAGGUAAUGCAUGAGGAACUUGAUGACGAUGAUGAGUGGAACCCAUGUAAAGCGGCUGGUGUGUGUCUCAUGUUGAUGGCCAACUGUUGCGAAGACGAUAUUGUUCCUCAUAUUCUGCCAUUUGUAAAUGACCACAUCCGACACCCAGAUUGGCGCUUCAGGGAUGCUGCAGUCAUGGCUUUUGGUUCCAUAUUAGAAGGACCUGACCCAGCCAAGCUGAAACCUGUUGUAGAACAAGCUAUGAGAAUGCUUAUUGAAUUGUUAAAAGACUCUAGUGUUGUUGUACGCGAUACUGGAGCGUGGACUGUCGGUCGUGUAUGUGAAAUGUUGCCAGAUGCUGUAAUCAAUGAACAAUGCCUAAAUCCACUCUUAGUUGCCCUUGUUGAGGGUCUUACAGCAGAACCUAGGGUCUCUAGCAAUAUUUGUUGGGCAAUUUCUAGUCUAGCUGAGGCAGCCUAUGACACUGCUGCAGAGGCAGCCGAGGAAGGUUCAGAACCACAAACAUAUUGUUUAUCUACCUACUUUGAAACCAUUGUAGAAAAACUAAUUAUUACAACAGAUAGAGCUGAUGGAAACCAGCACAAUUUAAGAAAUGCUGCAUAUGAAGCACUUAUGGAAAUGAUCAAAAAUAGUCCAAAGGAUUGCUAUGCAAUAGUACAGAAAACAACUGUAAUUAUCUUAGAAAAAUUGAACCGAGUUCUUCAGAUGGAGAAUAUGAUUCAGAUGUCUGCAGAUCGAGCCCAGUACAAUGACCUCCAGUCACUUCUCUGUGCCACUCUACAAAGUGUCCUAAGGAAAGUUACCCCUGAGGAUGCACCAAAGAUCUCGGAUCAAGUGAUGACAGCUCUGCUCAGUAUGUUCCAGAGUUCCGCUGGUAAAACUGGCGGUGUUCAGGAGGAUGCUUUACUUGCAGUUUCUACACUCAUUGAGGUAUUAGGAGAUUACUUUAUAAAUUAUAUGGAAGCCUUCAAGCCAUUCCUGCUGAUGAGUUUGAAGAACUUUGAAGAAUAUACAGUGUGUCUAGCGUCCGUAGGGAUUGUUGGAGAUCUGUGCAGGGCACUGGGACCCAAGGUUUUGACAUGCUGUGAUGAAAUUAUGACCAUGCUUUUGGAAAAUUUAGGGAAUUCCACAGUCCAUCGUUCAGUGAAGCCCCAGAUCUUGUCAGCAUUUGGAGAUAUAGCACUUGCCAUUGGUCCGAACUUCAAACCUUACCUUGAAUAUGUAUUAAAUACACUACAGCAAGCCUCACAGGCACAAGUUGACAAAACUGAUUAUGACAUGAUAGACUACCUUAAUGAGUUACGAGAAGGAUGUUUGGAGGCCUACACUGGCAUAGUACAAGGUCUGAAAGGAGAUGGUGAAACGCCUAGUGCUGACAUUGAUCUUAUCCAAGGUCAGGUUGGUCACAUCAUCUCCUUCAUCGAACACAUUGCUUUGGAUGAGGACCAUAGUGAUGACAAUAUAGCUGCCAGUUGUGGACUGAUAGGUGACCUCUGUACAGCAUUCGGUAUGAAGAUUCUACAGUUGGUUGACAAAGAACCAAUCACCGCCCUUUUGACUAAAGGUCGUCGCUCGAAAGCUACUAAGGCCAAGACACUGGCAACCUGGGCAACCAAGGAGAUACGCAAACUGAAGAAUGCUGCUUCCUGAAGGUGAUCUGGAAUAAUCCUCUACUCCUAUGUGACAUUCGGAUACCGUAAACGUCCGUUUUGACAUCAGCUCGUCCAGCGUGACGAAUUGCAUUGAGUGAGAGAAGAGCGAGAGGGGAGAGAGAGAGAGUGUCCACUAAUAUGGCUCUGGCUGACCACCUCGUUAUCUGGGACUCGCGAGCCUCCCGAUCUCCAAAGGACAGCGGACAGAGUUACAAACAAUUCCACAGCGCCCUCACCAGGGCUCACACUUACUGGGGAAACUCCGGGGAACACACAAAUUCCGGGGAACACACCUAGCGAGGGAACUCCAGGGAAACGCUAAUUAAGGAAACGCGUGUGAACUUUUAAAGACCUGCAUAAACCCUGACACGUGGGUUUUCAGAAAUGUGCAGUCUUUCAUUACAAACUACAAGUGGGUUUCCUUACGAUGUGAUAAAGACACAUAUUGUGACAGUUAGCUGUCACUGUGUCACAGUUGACCGUGAAUUUACUGCAUUUUGAACACAGUUACUUGUAUGUAUUUGCUAUUAAGUUAUGAACAGUUUUCCGUAAUAUAUUUUGCUGAAUGUUGUAUUAAGAUGUGAUAUAUUUCCAAGCUCUAUUGUUGGAGGAGUUGUUCCUUAUGAAAGAUGUGGCAACACAUCAUUUCUCAAGAUUGUGAUAUUUAGUUUUUUGUUUGGAAAGUGCUAAUUUGCAUGCAAUUACAGAGAUUUGAGAUCAAAGUGCAGUUUUUUCACAGUCAACAGCGUCUAUAUACACAAAGACAUCCACAGAGAGAGUGUAUCCGUGCCAAGUUUUAUUGAGUGCAGUACAGUCCUUCACCAGCCUAAUGAAAUAUGUCAUCUGCCACUUUAUAACUCCUUUGGAACAUUUCCGUAUGUAUGUGAAAUAUUUCCUUUCACCCGUUCUAUUAUUUUGGUACUUUUUGUUGACAUCUGAUUAUUUUGGCUAUAUGCAAUUAACUCUUAAAGCUAAUUAAUAGAUUUCUAUUUUACUUUUUAUGUUUUUUGUUGUUUUUUUUUGUUUUUUUUUCUCGAGACGGUCAAUUCCAUUUGUGAAUUUGAUUUAGUAUUUAUACUGAUAAUCAUGACCCAAAUUUAAGACCUUGUAAAUUUUGGAAUUAUUCCAGAGUGGUGCUAUUAGUAUUUACUUUCAAAUGAAAAUGUAAAUUUUAAAAAUGGUUAAAGAUCUUUUUUCCUCCUGGCAUGUCAAGAUAAUCUUUAUUUUCUGAUGUAUGAUUUUAUGGAUAAAAGUGUAGUGCCUGAACUAGUUAGAGGGAAACAGACCACUUUUAAACUGGAAUGAUAACUGACAUUUUGCAGAGUUUCAGAGUGACCAGAUGAUUGAACAUUCACCAUCCAUUGCCUGCAUAAAGCCAAAAUAUGAAAGUGAAAAUUCCUGAAUUUUUCUUCUGUUAUUGCCCCUUUACCUUGAGGACUGGGUCAUACUGAUUCCGUUUCUAUGGUGUAUAAGAGGCUAUAUAUAUAUAUAUUUCUACGUUAGUGCUAAUAAUAUGAAGUGCUAAAAUUUUCGGGUGUUAUAUUAUUUUUUGCUUAUUUCGUUUUGGUCAUUUUGUAAGCAGAAUGACACCCAAAUUUUAUCAUUGUCAAAAAAAUCCACUUUAAAGCUGAGAAAUAUAAAAGCUUUAGUAAAUAU